UGCCUGGAUGGGAUUGACUACGAUGACUUCAAUUUCGGCUCCCACAUGAUGGAGCAGAAGGAGCCUCUGAUGGAGACGGUGGAAGGUCCCUUCCUUGUCAUCAUCGAGCAGCCAAAGCAGCGGGGGUUCCGGUUUCGGUAUGGCUGUGAAGGCCCUUCUCACGGCGGGCUGCCAGGAGCCUCCAGCGAGAAGGGGCGCAAGACCUAUCCCACCGUCAAGAUCUGCAACUACACAGGGAUGGCCCGGAUCGAGGUGGACCUGGUGACACACAGCGACCCUCCUCGUGUGCAUGCCCACAGCCUGGUGGGCAAGCAGUGCAACGAGGCCGGCAACUGCGUUGCGAUCGUGGGACCCAAGGACAUGACGGCUCAAUUCAGCAACCUGGGUGUGCUCCACGUCACCAAGAAGAAUAUGAUGGAGAUCAUGAAGGAAAAGCUGAAGCAGCAGAAGAUGCGUAACAGGAGCCAUCUGCUGACGGAAGCGGAGCUGCGUGAGAUCGAGCUGGAGGCAAAGGAGCUGAAGAAGGUGAUGGACCUGAGCAUCGUGCGAUUGCGCUUCACUGCCUACCUCCGCGACAGCAGUGGGAACUUCACGCUGGCCCUCCAGCCUGUGAUCUCGGACCCCAUCCAUGACAGCAAGUCCCCAGGAGCCUCCAACCUCAAGAUCUCGCGGAUGGAUAAGACGGCAGGCUCCGUGCGGGGAGGGGACGAGGUCUACUUGCUAUGUGAUAAAGUUCAGAAAGAUGACAUUGAAGUGCGUUUCUACGAGGAUGACGAGAACGGCUGGCAGGCCUUUGGGGACUUCUCCCCCACUGACGUGCACAAGCAGUACGCCAUCGUCUUCCGUACGCCCCCCUACCACAAGCCCAAGAUCGACCGUCCCGUCACCGUCUUCCUGCAGCUGAAGCGGAGUGGGAACCUCAGCUUCCCCUACUCUCCUGGGCUGGCCUACAACAGCAUCUACUCGCCCGGCCCCCACCCUGUGGGGGGCUACCAGGGGGGCGUGCAGAUGAAGGGCCCUGAGGCGGAGGGGCCUGGGAGAGCACCUGCGGAGAGCACGUACUGCAAGGAGCUGCAGAAGCAUGCCCAUCUCUGCCAGCUGUGGAUGCUGGCCUGGCGUCGCAAUGCCCAUGCCCUGCUGGACUACUCGGUCACCGCCGACCCCCGUAUGCUGCUGGCAGUCCAGAGGCAUCUGGCUGCAUCGCAGGAUGAGAACGGAGACACGCCUUUGCACCUUGCCAUUAUCCAUGAGCAGACGGCUGUGAUCAAGCAGCUGAUUGAGGUCAUUGUUAGCAUCCCCAGCCAGCAGAUCAUCAACAUCUCCAACAACCUGCAGCAGACACCACUGCAUCUGGCAGUCAUCACCAAGCAGCCCCAGGUGGUCCAGCUCCUGCUGCAAGCCCGCGCCGACCCCACGUUGCUGGACCGCUAUGGCAAUUCCCUGCUGCACCUGGCACUCCAGGCUGGCGAUGAAGAGAUGCUGAGGACACUGUUGGCCCACCUGGGCUCAGCUGCCCCUUACCUGCUCCACCUGCCCAACUUCCAUGGCCUCCUGCCUGUGCACUUGGCCGUGAAGGCAAAGAGUUCCUGCCUGGACCUGGUGGUCAGGAAGGGAGCGGAUGUGAACGCAGUGGAGCGGCAGGGUGGGAGGACCCCACUGCACCUGGCUGUGGAGAUGGAGAACCUGAACAUGGCCACUCACCUGGUGAAGAAGCUGGGAGCAGAUGUCAACAGCCGGACCUUUGCCAGGAAUACCCCCUUGCACCUGGCUGCUGGCCUGGGCUCGCCAACCCUGACCAAACUGCUCCUCAAAGCUGGGGCAGAUGUGCUGUGUGAGAACGAUGAGCCCACAAGCCCAUCCUCGUCGGAGGCCAGCAGCGACACGGACGCUGACCCCGAGGAGCAGGAGCUGGCCAUGGAGCUGGGAGAGCUGGCCCCGGCCGUGGAGCACAGUACCAACCCCAGCCCCCCCACGCAGGGGCACGGGCAGCCCAGGCACAGGCAGCGCCGCUGCCACACGCCCCUGGACCUGACUCGGAGCCAGAAGGUGCGGGAGAUCCUGCUGCAGGCCUCCCAGCAGGGCCCCGAGAUGGAGCUGCCUGCUGCCCCCCAGCCAGGUGAGCAGCCCCUCUCCCCCCAAAAGCACAAUGCCUGGGCAGGGCAACGCCAGCGGCUGAACCAGGACUGCAGCGGGUCGGACUGGAUUGAGCUGGCCAAGCGCUUGGGGCUCUGCAGCCUCGUGGAGACCUACAAGGAUACCCCCUCACCCAGUGUCAGCCUCCUGCGCAGUUAUGAGCUGGCAGGGGGCAGCCUGGGGGGGCUGCUGGAGGCACUGGACUCCAUGGGGCUCCACAAGGCCGUGAGGAUGCUCCACAAAACUGAGGCGCUGGACAAGCUGCAAAGCACAGAGCUGAAGGAAGACAGCGCCUAUGGCAGUGAGUCAGUGGAGGAGGAGCAGGUGCCUGCGCUGGCCCUGAAGCCGGGGGGCGAGCUGCCCCACAGCCAGCAGCCGCAGGUGCACUGA